AUUUAUCUAUAAAAAGCAAAUCACCACAUAAUCCUCCGCCCCACUACUCUUCUCCUUCUCUUUCUUCGUUCUUCUUCAUCAUUUGAUCCGAGCUUCCAGAGAUUUGGUUGUUCCGAGAGGGAGACCAUCCAUGGCGUCCUCUAAUUCUACUUCUAGGGCUUUCUCCGGCCUCUUCACCUUCUUCACUCUCAUCCUCUUCAUUCUAUCGCCACUCGUUGACGCCCACUCUUCGGUCCCUGCUCCCGCUCCCGCUCCCGCUAGCGAUGGGACCUCCAUAGACCAGGGCGUUGCGUACGUGUUGAUGCUGGUGGCGUUGGUUCUCACAUACCUAAUUCACCCGCUCGAUGCAUCUUCCUACAACUUUUUUCUCAAUUGAAUUCUAGGAUUGUAGCAAUGUAGGCGCUGUUUGUGGACGUUUUGAGAAGGAACGAGGCCCUACUUUCUAUCUCGUUGUCAUAAAUGUAGGUUUCAGAGGAACAUGUUCAUAUUGGGUGUCGCAGAUUUUGAUCCAUUGGUCUAAUUAUUCAUUUGUUUAUUCCAUUA